ACAAUGAAAGUGGUGGCAUGUACAUGGAUGCUACUCUCUAUGUGCCUUUUGGGGCAUUGUCUCUUGGUUUACGGAGAAGACAAUGAGGCUCAAGUCCUCGAUGACUUUCUCAAUUCCCGCUUGUCGGAAAAACCAUCUCCGGUGAUUCGUUUUUCGGCAAGGUUUGAUGUAAACACAGAUAGCAUCCAGCCUCAAGAUGGAUCCAUGGAGACCGAUAAAAUCAGUGCAUUGCCGGGACAACCUGACGGUGUUGAUUUCAACCAUUAUUCAGGAUAUGUCACUGUUGAUUCCGAGGCUGGUAGAGCUCUUUUCUACUAUUUUGCCGAGUCCCCCGAGAACUCUUCUACAAAUCCUUUGGUUUUAUGGUUCAAUGGAGGACCAGCAUGUUCUUCGUUAGUCGGCGCGAUGGCGGAAUUAGGCCCUUUCAGAGUAAACAGCGACGGCAAGACACUUUUCCGCAACAAUUAUGCAUGGAACAAUGUGGCGAACGUAAUCUUCGUAGAAUCUCCGGCUGGAGUAGGCUUUUCGUAUUCGAAUACGACCUCGGAUUAUCAGAGUAUGGGUGACAAAAGUACGGCAAAAGAUGCCUACACUUUCAUCAUCAACUGGCUUGAGAGGUUCCCUCAGUAUAAAACCCGAGAUUUGUACGUUGCCGGCGAGACUUACGGUGGCCACUAUGUGCCUCAGGUUGCGAAAAUUAUUCUUCAUAAAAACAAGAAAUCAAAUCAAACACUAAUUAACCUUAAAGGCAUCGCGGUUGGGAAUGGUGUGAUCGAUGAUCGUACAGCCCUUCUAGGCCGAUAUGAUUAUUUUUGGACACAUGCCUUGAAUUCAGAUGAAACUAACAAAGGGAUCCACACCUAUUGCCAUUAUUUUGAUGAUAGAGAUCCAGAACAAUGUGCAAACUUCAUAAUCAAAUCCAGUACUGAGCGUGGUCAUAUUGAUGAGUACAACAUUUAUACCCCACGUUGUCAACUCAAUUCUUCUUCAUCCAUAAAAAUCUCAUCGGAUUCGACUAAUUUCGAUCCAUGCUCGAACCACUAUAUGUUAUCUUAUUUGAAUAGAGCAGCCGUUCAGACAGCUCUCCAUGCAAAGGCUUCUGCGUGGGAAAUAUGCAAGUAUGAUCUUGCUUCUGUUGGCUGGACUGAUACUGCUGUAACUAGUUUACCCAUCAUCAAGAAUCUCAUGUCAAAUGGCAUCAGAAUUUUGUUAUACAGCGGUGACUUAGAUUCGACAUGUCCGGUUACCUCAACCAGAUAUGCCAUAAACAAACUCAAGCUUCACAUCAAGUCUGCUUGGCGUCCAUGGUCCACGGAUAAGGAGGUCGGAGGAUAUGUGGUGGAAUACGAUGGUCUGACGUUUGUGACGGUACGAGGCGCCGGUCGUUUAGUCCCAAGCUACCAACCGGCUCGUGCUCUUACCAUGAUUUCCUCAUUCCUCGAAGGAGCUUUGCCUCCACCAUUUUUAAUUCAGAACAAUAGCUGAAGAUGAUUAUGUCGAUGCUCGCUUACAAUUUUUCAACUAAUAAUUAUGUGUAUGAGACAUAUUA